AUGAUUCCAAUCAUUAGCAAGACGUACUGCUCCUCUUCCCAGGUUGUCCUUGUUGUUAGGAAGAGGCCGCAUGUAAUAAGUGGUGGAGGUUUUGUGGUGACAGAUUAUAGUCAGAAGGUGAUUUUCAGGGUUGAUGGCUGUGGAAUUAUUGGCAGAAAAGAGGAGCUGAUGCUCAGAGAUAGUGGUGGAGAUGCUUUGUUGCUCAUCCGCCGAAAGCAGGGGGCAACGGUUGAGGUUUUGAGCCUUUAUAAGAAUUGGAAGGGUUACACUUCUGACUACGAAGGAUCUCAAAAGUUGGUUUUCAGCUUAAAAGAACCCAACUCAUUUUUGGUAAAGAACAAUGUAAUGAGGAUCUCCACAGAACCCAGGGUAAGCAAGAAAGACUGGGACUUUGAGAUCAGAGGCUAUUUCCCUGAUAGAGAUUGUAGCAUCGUCGACACCAAAGGCAACAUAGUAGCGCAGAUGGCCAGAGCCAAGAAGGAGGUGCCGGAGUUUAUGACAAGCAAUGAUCUGUACCAUGUGGUGGUGCAACCCGGCAUUGAUCAAGCUUUUGUGUUUGGUGUGAUUGCUAUUCUCGACUAUAUAUACGGUGAAUCUACGAGGUGCUGAUUGUUUUAGAAAUUUUAGAGAGAAGAUGUGUACAUAUAUAUAUAUAUAUAUAUAGAAAUUGUAAAAGAUAAGAUAUAUUAGUUCUAUUUGCAGUGAGCAAAUAUUAUGGCAAGUAUUUGUAUUUUCGUCACAUUCAUGCAAUUAAUGUCAAAUGUUUCGCACC